AUGUCUCACAUCUCAAUAAAUCUUUCUAAAAGUCAUCUCACACCACCUAAAAAUAUAAGUUCGAACAUGAUGUAUUGUGAUGAUGCUGUUCGUUCAAAAAAUCGGGAAGCAUGUAACAUCGAAAAUUUAAUGGAAUACGAAAUUCAAAGUUCAGGAAAAGAUGUUAGAACUAGAAAAUGUUUAAUGCUCAACUGCUUUCUUAAACAAUUCUUGAACAGCAAUUUCCUUGAUCCAAAUACUUUCAUUGAAUUUUAG